AAUAAAUAAGUGAAAAAAUUGUCUAACAAUGAAGUGAGUGCUCUAGAACCGAGGUUGCUGAUCAACGUAAAAAAGAAUUGCUCAAGCAAAAAAUAUGCGAGUAAACAAACAAAGUUAGACGAAAAAUGGUUGAUGCAAUGAAUCAAGAGUGGUGGAAAAAAGCAAGCGACGUUGUCAAUGCUUUCCAUAAAGAAAAGGCUGCCAUUCCUAGUAAUGCUCAAAGAGCCAGAGAAGAUUUAAAAGAAAACAUAGCAUUUCUCAGAACCUACUUGGAGUUCAAUUACAAUUUAUGCGAUAAAGUUGUUUUUUCAGGUAGCGCUUAUGAAGAUUUAAAUAUAUCUGGAGACAAUAUAGAGUUUGAUGUAAUGUUGAUUGCUCAACGUUCUAACUUUCUGUACCUCACAGAAUGUAAUAAUGGAGUUUGUAAAAUUAGGAGCAACAGUCCGUUCCUUAACUAUCCUUUUGAUGAAGAUUUCAAUAUAGAUUCAGAAAAGUAUCGAUCAUUUUUCUUCGGACUUAUUCAAAAAUGGUCUAACAUGAUGAUGACUCAUAAAAAAAAAAGUUUUACAUUAGUUAAUCACGGUGUUGCAACUCAAAUGAACGUGAAUGAUGAGAAAGGAAUUCUUUGGUACCAAGUUGAUUUAGUACCAUGCUUUGAAGCAAAAUCAAGCUUAAUUAGUGAAGAAAAGUUUUAUUGCGUUCCAAAACCUAUUCCAAAUCAGAGACUAUACUGGAGAUUGUCUUAUUCAAUUGACGAAACACAAAUUGCAAAGAAACUUUCUAAUGAUGCAAAAAAAUGCAUUCGAAUUAUUAAAGCCUUAUUCAAGUUAGAAACGAACGGUUUGUUCACCAAAUUCACCUCGUAUCAUAUUAAAACAUCAGCGUUUUAUUUGAAAGAACGUGGAAAUUGGCCGAACGAAGAAAAUCUUGGACGCAGUAUUUACGACUUUUUAGUUUUUAUCAAAGAAAGUUUGAAGAAUGGUGAACUGAAGCAUUUUUUUGACCGCACUAUUAAUCUUCUCGACAAAAUUGAAGUCUCUACGGAACAAUUAGCAAAUACUAUUAAUGGCUGGCUAAAAAAUGAACAAAAAUUCUUGACAAAAUUUUCGUCAUCAAUUGAUGCUAACAUUAAACAAUUGGCAAUAAAAUGAUUUAUGAACUGCUUUUAUUUUUUU